UUAUUACUAGUGCCAGUAGUCAGUGGAGUUAAUUGAGGAUCGAUCUACAAAAAGUGGAAACUCCAGCUCCCGAGGGCUCUAGACUCUAUUGGCUAGCUCUACUCUAGCUCUAGACGUAGCUGAGCUUCUUUGGAGGUCAAGCGGAAGGCCUCUCGAGGUUGUUUGUGGACACUAUUCACUAGUGACUCUUGUAUCAGUUUCCCAUCGCUUCGUCAUGCCGGGUUUGGUGUCGUACUUGCAAGGGGGUUCACCCAAGAGCUUCACGCUCCCUCCUCUUGGGUCUGGAGAGGCGAUUGGCGAGAAGGCGUUCGACUAUUUCUUGCGCGGAGGUGUUGCUGGAUACGUGGCCGGCAUAUUCAGGGCGCUUGUGAUGCCCCCGAUGAAGCUUCAGUCUCCAAGAAUCUAUCACGCUACGAAGAUAUCUCUUCGAAUGUCGCUGUGGAAUGCUGUGAUAUUUUCAGCUGGUUCCCUUACCGUUAACCUGCUGGCAAGGUAUCGAGGACGGGAUAGCAAUGCCCACUGGGGUACAGCUGGUGCUGGUAUGGCCGUCAUGUACUGCGCAAUGGCUGGGUCAGGCAAACUUUUGGUAGUCGGACCAGUCAUGGCUUUUUCGUUUGGCUGCGCAGUACGAGGUGUGAACACUACCUUCUGCAUGAACAAGAUGGAUCAACCAGUCACGAUCGAUACUGACAUGUCCAUCAGGCCGCCACCAAACGGUUUGAACAUCAGGGAUAGGAUGUAUUACGACCGUAUGAGGUGGAAGGGUCGCCUGCCAGAGAAGGAGGUCCACGAGUAAUUUCCUGCAGUAGUUCUCCUUUGGUGUUGAGUGUGUGACAUUUGCUGCCAUACAAUUUUAUUCCUUUAUUGUAUGCUAGAGGCUUGCUGCCGAUAGCCUACACGUCUCCGUGUUCAUUUAGUCAUUUUAGAUCAUAUUGCUACUGGAAGCACAGCAGCAUGGUUUGUCAACACAUUGAUCCAUCACAUCACGAUGAUUGAGCCACGUGUAGCUUUUCUUAGUUUGCGGCCAUUUUUGAUGUCACUGCGGAUGAAGUUGCUGUAUCUGUGCAACUGGCUCAAUUGUUCCGCCAUCAUAGUCUAUCUAUACAUAUAAAUAACGCUACCGUAAGUUUUUAGAUGCUAUAUGUGACUCUUUGUAUUGGAAUUUGGAUGCUAGUAUUAAUUAAUUUAUCUGAAAAAACCUGCCGGUGAUAUGGGAUUUAUUGCCCCCUAUCCACGGUUCGACACAUUUGCA